ACUACCAUGAUGAAUCUCUCUACAUAACACCUUGUAAUUUUUGUAUGUAUAACUGUAAUGCAUGACCGGCUUUUAUCAUAUUUGAAGUUUUUAUAGGCUAAUUAAGAUUAUAAUUAUAUAGCUUUGUGCAACCAGUGCACCAAUAAUGACCUAUCAUAUUGAAUGUCGCCACAGGACAGAUAUAUCUAAACAUUUGAAAUAAUGUGAUGCAGAGUUACACUCCACCCAGCUGUGCCGGACUUUGUUCCUGCGCUCGCGCGGCGGAGGGCUGGAGCGGAGCUCGCGCUGUGAUGGGACUACAGAUCCGUUAGCACCCACAGCCUCCUCCUCUUCCAUCAUGGCUCCCUCGAUAGACAGGCACGGAUACUGGGGGCGGCCGACCUCAACGCUGGACUGGUGUGAAGAAAAUUAUGUCGUCUCUUUCUACAUCGCGGAAUUUUGGAACACUGUCAGCAACCUGAUUAUGAUUCUUCCUCCCAUUUGUGGGGCCAUCCAGACGUUUCGUGAUGGUCUCGAGUUUCGCUAUGUCUGCUCUUUCCUCGGACUGGCAGCUGUUGGUGUUGGUUCCUGGUGCUUCCACAUGACGCUGCUGUAUGAGAUGCAGUUACUGGAUGAGUUACCAAUGAUUUACAGUACAUGCGUCUUUGUCUACUGUCUAUAUGAAUGCUUCAAACAAGAGAACAGCAUCAGCUUAUUUUCUAUUGCAUUGUUAUUACUCUUCAGUGUCUCAGUCACUGUGGUAUACUUACAGUGGAAGGAGCCAGUCUUUCACCAGGUCAUGUAUGGUGCUCUAGUAGCUUGCCUAGUGAUGCGGUCCAUCUUCAUUGUGACAUGGGUGUACCCAUGGCUCAGACCGCUGGGCUACACCUCCUUAGGAAUCUUUAUGUUAGGGUUCCUGCUGUGGAACAUCGACAAUAUUUUCUGUGACACAUUAAGAGCCAGUAGACAUACACUUCCCCCUGGUGUUGGAGUAGCAACACAGUUCCAUGCCUGGUGGCACAUCUUCACAGGCCUUGGAUCCUACCUGCACAUACUUCUCAGCCUGCAGAUCAGGUCAACCUACCUCAAGUACAGACCAAAAGUAAAGUUUCUUUGUGGAGUUUGGCCCACGUUGCAAAUUGAACCACAGAAGACAAGCUGAAAUGAAGGGAUGGGGACCAACUUAAGGAUGGUGACUGCCAUAUACAGACACCAUCGGCAUAGGGACCUGCCAAUGCCCACUGCAGGGAACUCAGCCCACAGCUCGGGGGCAGAUGGACCCAAGGCACCACCCCAGGGACCCUUCGGUACUGCACUGUGGAGAAUUACUAAGUACAGUAUAGCACUGAGCCAGUUUUAAGAAAUGGAAGAUUUUUAUCAUUAAUCAUAAUUUAUUAGACUAGCUUCUCUGUAAUUAUAUUGAAGUGUAAUAAUUUUAUUUGUUCAUUCAUCGUGAAUGCAAAAAUGAUGUGUAGUCUACUGCAGUGGUAAAUGUUAAAGGAGUUAUGGAUGUUAUCUUAAUUAGGGUUUGGGAAAAGGGAUAACAGCGUCACUGAUUCAAAUUUAGCAUAUUAUUGCUGAAUGUUUGACUCUGUGGAUAUUUCAAUCUCCUAAGCCUAUAUUAAAUUUAUUUAAAUAGGCCCUCAAAUAAAAGUAGAACUAAGGCUUAAGUAUAGUUUAACAAUCAGCUGAGGGAGCUCCACUUACAACACAGUGUUGUUAUAUUCCUUUUCAAGGAGAAUUGUAUUGUUGUUGGAUGUGCUCACUAGAAAUGGGAUAGUACCUGCCAGCUAGAAAGUGAUACUGUGUUAGUCCAGCUCAGCUGUUGUAACUAGAACAUCCUUCUUCAUUUGCGUGGCCACAGGCUUCAUUUUUAUCAGAAAUUGUCUUAUCAAAACAUGCCAAGACUGGAAUUAUUCAUCUCUCUUUUGUUUUAAUCGCCAAAGUUGUCGUGUAAUGUGUGAAACAUGUUAAUCUUGUACCUCGUUCUAAUCAUGCAAGAGAUGCAAAGCCUAUAGGUUCGUUACACGACCUCAUUACACUAAAUUUUAAUGUUGCUUAGGACAGGGUUAAACAUUUUCCCAGGGAGGCAAAGCAAGUUGGACCACUUUCUACAUCUCAAGUUUCUGUGAAAGUGAUACUGCACACAAAUUUCUGCUGUCUGGACUAGAAUUUUACAGCCACCCCUCAAGCCCACAGGGUGUGUUAUGUUAAGAAACCCCAUUGCUGGGAUUUGACCAGCAUCUGGCAGGUCUGAUCAGCCAUCUCAAGCCAGUAUCUGUGACAAGACCGUUGUGAACAGUACCGCUAACUUUGAGGGUAGGUAGAGUUAAAAUGCUGAAACCCAGCUAAUGAAGUCAGCUAACAGAUUCAACCUGCUUCAGAGGAACAUUUGCUAUUUGUAAAUGCUAACAUUCAGUCAAAGGACCAAGAGAAUGAAUGGAACAUGUCUGAAUCAUUGCGUCUUCAUAAGCUUCAGUCAAUGAGGUACUACACCCAGUCAGUUCUGAGAAGGAUUUUGUCUCCUACUUCAUUACACUAAAUUUCCUUAAAACCUGUACUCAAGAGAACAGUAAUAAUGGCUGAGUAACCCGCCUGAUUAUUAGAAAAAUACUUGAUUUAAGUCAAUUGUAGACAUCCCUUUAUCUAUUGGUAUGUAAGACUUAAACAUGUCCCACAAUACCACAUUUUACUACAUUUUAUUUAUUAUGCUCUUAUUUAUCAGUCCCUUUUCUUUCAUUUAUUUAUGCCCUGACGUCACAGUGAAGAGUCAAAUGGCACAUAUACAUUAAGGGAAUACUCGUGGGAAGCAGUUUAUGAAACAACCACUAGGUGGCAUAACUUUCCAGCUUAAUUCAGACAUUGCCAAGCAUGCCAUAGUGCACUGAAGAACUACCUACCUACCUAUUGAAGGACAUUUGCCUCAGUUUACUUCUACUGGAUUUGUGGUUUGAAAUGAAGGGCUUUUCAUUCAUAAUGUUUGUUUUGCUACUGUGAAAUGAUGGACGUGAAAUGUUAACAAUAGAACCUGGAGCUUGAAGUAGUUGUGGUAAAUUAAAAACGCACAACAUUAGUGUUGUACAGAGAUAUUUGUAUCAGUGUGAUCUCCAAUACUGCUGUGUGCUGGAUUAUCUCCUUCCUGAGACACAUUCAUAUUUCAUUUCAUUUCAUUAUGCCCACAUGCUGUGUCUCUGACUCUCAUAUGCUUGGGUAUAAUGGCUUGAUCCCAGUGUUACAAACGGUCAUAAGCACAAUGUAUGAAAGAUAAGUAUUAACAUUGUUCAAAUGUCUGUGUGGAGUCUUCAGUGUGUGUCAUUAUCUUGAAAUCAGUGCUCAUCAGCGGAGGUGAGCAGCUGUCAAAGAGGGUGCCUUAUUGUAAUCCUUGCAGUGUAAUCCAAGUGGCCUUGAUGUUCAUGACAAACACGCCAUUCAAAUUGUCCUGUGUGUUGUACAGCGUGCCCUUUCCCCUCAUUAUAAGCAGUUAGAGCAUCAGAAGGACAAACAAUGACAGCGUUUAAUGCAAAGUCUGUGCCUGAUUCUUUGGCCUUCCAUUCAUUUCAUGUGUCCAAGAUCUUAGAGGUUGUUCUAAUGAUGAUAAGUGUAGCUGUAAAUGAUAGUACAUGUGAGUCGAGGCCAGAAGAGCAAACUCUGCCAGCGUGUUUGUUGAACUUCGGUCACGUGCCAGUCUUUAAUGAUGUCCUGUCUUGUCAAAUAAAUGAAAAUGUGUCA